AUGGCCACCAACUUCGAAAACACCUCUUACGACCUCAUCUGGGAGACCAUCCGCCACAACAAUGCCUUCCUCGUGAAGCGCAACCAGGCCGGUGGUGUUCAGUUCUCCAAGGACCCCCUUAACCUGACCAACCUCCACUCGCGCAAGUACUCUUCGCUCGCCAACCCCAAGGCCCUCGGCAUCAACGCCGUUGACAACAAGAUCGAGGUCACCACCAAGCUCGGCCAGAACUGGAACAAGCCCUCCAAGUCGUACAGCAAGACCACCUUCAAGUCCACCACCCCCUCGCGCAAGCUCAUCAACAACGCCGUCUCUGGCAACACCAAGCGCGGUUACCGCCAGGACUUGCACAUGGAGGCCGUCCAGCGCGCUUCCGCCGUCAAGAAGUCCACCCGCCAGGUCAAGGCCACCGUCAAGCCCACCAAGCUCCGUGGCUCCAAGGCCCGCAAGGCUGCUGAGAAGCAGUAA